CAUCAUCACCGUUUUCUUUCUCGUCAUUAACUCCCCUCCCUAAAUAAACCGCCCCCUCACUCCCAAACAUCCCUCGCACCAUCCCCCCCGCAUCCCCGCAUCUCCAACAAAGAAAGCAUCGCUCGCCCAUACCCUACACCGGCGAACCGCACACAAUACCCGCUAAACCAUCGCAUCGCAAAUAAAUGACCUCGCACAUUUGCAGAUUUAAUACGAGGAAUAAGUAGGCUGGAGUCAACGGCCUUCUAAGUCUACUCCCCCAUACACCGAUACUACACCCCUCUCGCCCUCCCCCUGUCAUCUAGCCUUCUAACGGACUGUGCGAAGGAGAGACAGAUACAGACGUAGGCACCUACGUCUCAAGAGGCUAUCGAUGAAAUAAUCCUCUCUAGUCCACGAGGCUUGCACAUGAGCUUGAAAAUUUCGUGAUGUGGUAGAUAGAGAGUGGGUUGGUGCGUACUGUGUGGGGUGGCAUUUAUAAUAUCGUGUGGAGGGAGGAAAGUAUGAAUGGAUCGCAAUAACAGUAGAAUCGGAGGGAGGGCGGGUAAGGAAUGCGUGAGCCGCGAAAGACACAACCCACCACCCACAACCCACAACCCACAACUCACACCCACCCUCUCAAAGCAGAUUCACAUAUCCACAUAUAACCAGCAAGCAACAGCAUCGCACAAAGACAAUUUCCAAGCCAGACCACAAGACAAUGACAAAGAAUCAGAAAGCGGUGUGUGGGGUUCUUUGGGGGUUAGGGUGGUGGUAGUGAGUAUUAGUGGUGAUGAUACUUUUUUUUUUGCACGGGCUGUUUGGGAGCAGUGGGUUGUGCUGUCAUCGGUAUCCCAUUGCUGUUGCGGCUUCAUUCUUGUCGUCGUUCAGUUUCCCACCGGCACCCCCUUCUUACAACCCUCUUCUCACCACCACCCCCUUUCUCACGACCCCUUUCCCACCACCACCCACCAUCCUAGGUGGACCUUGAACAACGCACCAAGAACAAUACUCCCAGAUCGUCGUCAAAAGAAUGAAGUACGACCGAAGAACGCAUGGUACCACCCUCUUCCUUCGUUAUUGGUGUAGUAAGGAAGUAGCAGUAGUAGGAGUGGGUAGUGGGUAAUAAUUAAACGUGGU